CAGGCAGGGCCCUGCGGGCUCCGCUCGCUGUGGGAGCUCAGCUGUGCUCACCCCCUUCUCUCAGCCCCGUCUGUGAGGCUUCAGCCGUGCCCACCCCCUUCUCUCAGCCCCAUCUGUGAGCCCUUCCCAUCCCUCUGGGGCUCCCCUGUCCGAGGCUGCCGACCGGUGCAGGUGCCUCCCCUGAGGACCCGGGGUAAGCGGGCAGGUCGGUGAUUUCUUCCCGCUCUCGGCCACCCGUGCAGAUCUCAGGAAGCAGGCGAGGCAGCUGGAGAACGAGCUGGACCUGAAACUCGUCUCCUUCAGCAAACUCUGCACCAGCUACAGCAGCAGCCGAGACGGACGGCGCGACAGGUAUAGCUCUGAUACAACUCCUCUCUUAAAUGGAUCAAGCCAGGACAGAAUGUUUGAGACCAUGGCUGUGGAGAUCGAACAACUUCUGGGAAAGCUUACUGGGGUAAACGACAAAAUGGCAGAAUACACAAAUAGCGCAGGAGUCCCAUCCCUGAACGCUGCACUGAUGCACACGUUACAGCGUCAUCGAGACAUAUUGCAGGAUUAUACACAUGAAUUCCACAAAACCAAAGCGAACUUCUUGGCAAUACGAGAAAGGGAGAAUCUGUUGGGAUCAGUACGAAAAGAUAUCGAAUCAUAUAAAAGUGGAUCUGGAGUGAAUAACAGAAGAACAGAACUGUUCCUGAAGGAACAUGAACACCUUCGAAACUCAGAUCGACUGAUAGAAGAAACAAUAAGCAUUGCCAUGGCAACUAAAGAAAAUAUGACUUCGCAGAGGGGGAUGUUGAAGUCGAUACAAAGCAAGAUGAAUACCUUGGCUAAUCGGUUUCCAGCAGUGAACAGCCUGAUCCAAAGGAUCAACCUUCGGAAACGACGAGAUUCUCUCAUCUUGGGUAGCAUUAUUGGCAUCUGUACCAUCUUACUGUUGCUCUAUGCUUUUCAUUGAUGGAUGUUCCCCCAUGGACUCUGCUAAACUCAUCACCACCAGUCAAGCAAAAUUGAGUGGGGGAAACGACAGACUUCAAACAGCCGCCUCGUCACGGCUGGGAGUGUCAGCAUGAUGUCUAGAGCUUAUGAUGGUAGACUGCAACACUGGGUUGGGGUUGAAGCUGCAGUGUUUCUCCUUCCCUGCCAUACAUCUUCCUUUGGUUAACUUUUGUGGGAUUUGUUUGUCUUUAAUUCCCUUUCUCACUGCAAGGUAAGUAAAUAUGGGACACUUACCAGCAGCCGUAGAACAGUUCCUUUCCUCAGCGGCGCUGGGGAGGUCUGUUUUUGGCUGGUAUGUGGGAAAAGAUUGUUAUGCUUGCCUUGGGUGGAAGCUGCAGGAAGCCAGUUCCCCCUGUGGGCCAAGCACAGUAGUGAACACUUGUGCCCUGUGAGAAUGUUGCAGCUUUAAGCCAUCAGGUUGCUUUACUACUAAGUACAUGUUCUGUAAUUCUUUUUAACUCAUGUUUGAGAUACUAGUUAUUUCUGCAUCAUUUGUGCUGUGAAAACUGUGCUUCACACAAAUUCCUCAAAGUCAAAAAAAGGAUCGUUCACUUCACUUUUUGCACAGAAUAUGAAUAAACUACUCUGUGAGGAAGAUCUUAAGGUUUCUUGUGGCUUUAAAGGGACUAAAAAGUCCCCCGUCGUAAAAAGGGAGCACAGCGUCCUCACAGCUGUUUACUAUAGUGUUCACUCAUCUGAAAAGUGACCAAACCUGAGUUCACCUAAAAGUAGUCUUUUGGGUGUAAAUACUUUGACUUUGACUGGCAUCAUAAAGGUCUUUAUAAAGACAUUAAGCAGUUUGAAAAGUUUAUAUUGGAAUCUAAGGUUAUUCUAAUAGUGUUAAUAUUUUUACACUGUAAGUAGACUGUAAUCAAAACUGUCCAUUGGAAAUGAAAAUACUUAUGGUUAUACCUGAGGCAAAUGUAUGUGCGUGCAAAAUUGUUGGACAUUACUCCCCAUAGUAAUGAGUUGAAUGUAUGAAUAGUGUAACAAGUAUUAUUUAUCAUCAUCUGAGGGAGGAGGAUUUUUUUGUCCAGACACGAACACAAAUCCCAUUGUGUUUGCAUCUCAAAACAAAGCCGACAUCAGGAAUGGCUUUGGCGUUCAUUCACAGGUGAUGGGUUUUCCUGCUCUUUCAACAACACUUUUCCAUCUCUCAUCGUAACCCAGUACAUUCAAACUGAGGCACUGAAGUACUUUCUAGGAACUUGAUUAACUCUUUUUGCAGUCAACUUAGAGUACUCCUGACAGAUUUCAUGUAUGCCAUUGCCGACAAAUGUCAGACAGUCCCCAGAUUCUUCUCUGGAACAGAGUCUAGCAGGAUGGAUGCAAUUUUUACUGCUUUUUAUAGUGUCUGUGAAGUACCUGUUGGAGGGAGUAGACACU